UAUUCAAGUGGAACUUCUUUGAGUGGAGCUCAUGUUUAUUCUUUGAAUAUUUUCAAUUUUGCAUUCCUUGGAGCAUUGUUUAUUUAAGUUAAGGCAUAUUUACUAAAAAAAUAUGGCCUUCCUGUAUUGUUUAGUCGUCUUUUUAAACUUCAUUUCGAUUUCGAAGCCAUCUGAAGUUCCGGUUGGCCAUUUAAAGCCUCUAGGUUCGCAUCGUCCUCCAGAAACCGAUCUCAUCGACUAUGUCGACGAAUGGCCUAAUCCCAGAGAAUUUUGGGAGAAAUAUGUUAAACCAUCGAGAGCAUUAGUCGUGCGAGGGGGAGCGAAGAGUUCCAAAGGUUUUACGGCGUGGACAGACGAAUAUUUGGUGAAAAAUUAUGGAGACCUUGAGCUGAGGCUGGAAGGAAAGAAAGAAAAGAGUGGGCUACUGCCUGUCGGAGACAAAGGAGUUGGAAGAGGAACUUUAAGACAUUUUAUAGAAAACUACCAUUCUAAUCAUUCAGACACAUAUGUAGUGUCGGAGAUGCCAAUACCGAUGUUUAAAGACUUCAGUGUGCCCCCACCUUUGACGUGCGGCUCGUUUAAAGACUCUUUUGUUGAAGUUGAUCUAUGGAUGAGUGGUGGUGGGACAGACAGUCUUUUACAUAAAGAUGCUUUCAAUGCCAUAAAUUGUUUAAUCAAUGGCACAAAACAAUGGAAAAUGAUUGAAUACAAGUAUGAAGAUAAGAUUUAUAAGGCCUGGGAACCACCACAAAUGAUUGGAGGUUUUUCCAAGCUCAAAGUAAAUAAAGUUAACCUGAUUAAGCAUCCUUUGGUGUCUGAGGUUAAGUGGUCUUUACUCAAGAUUAAUGCAGGGGACUGUCUUUUUCUUCCAAAAAGUUACUAUCAUCAAGUUUCAUCAUCAGGAACAAAUAAUUUAGCUGUUGCUUUGCUUUUCUCUCGCUUUGAACUGAUUGAUAACUUGGACUUCAGCGAUUGUGACAAACCACUCCACCCCACCCCCCUUAGUGAGAUGGAUUUGGAUUGGAAAUAUUCAGGACAUGGGAACUUGUCUAUGGGGAAUACUGAUACUGGAUCUGUUAGGCAAUCAAUGCUGUACCUCUUUGGAGACAAAAAAGCCCUCACAAGAGAAGAAGCUAUGAAAAUUGGUAAACAAAAAAUGUCUCAGUAUGAAAAGGACAAUAAAAUGUAUUAUGUCCAUGGACUAAGAGAAAAUAUUCAGAAGUGGUUUGAUUACUUUGCUGAUGAUAGUGGCAUAAUCACACUUGAACAGAUUAAAAAYAUAACAAGGGAUCAAUUGAGAUCUUUUCUCUUGRCAACUGAAGGAACUGACUUGACCAACACAGAAGACCAUGAAUAUGGUUAUGUUUCUCUUGAURACAUAAGGUAUAUCUUUGAAGAUUUUAAAGAGAGAAAAGAACCAAUAAUUCGAAAACGAUUUAUUGAUGCUUACAUCAAGGAAACUGCAGGAACUGAAAAGUUUGCUUCUGAGCUGUUUGAUAAAAUCGAUGCAAAUGCUGAUGGAGAAAUAACACCAAAAGAGCUAAAAGAAAACCUUAACUCAGCUCUAGAGCCAUACAUUAGAUGGAGUGAGGCAAAUGCUGAAAGGACAGUGUCUGAAUCYUACGAUGAAAACGAAAAUGAAAAUAGGGAUGCACCACAGGAUGAAUCUCAAUUGCGAGAUGAGUUGUAACUUGUUUACUUACAUUUACUGCAAUAUUUAUACAAGUUAGCACUUAGCCCAGAACUGGACCCUCUUUUAUCCUUGCGCACACGGAUUUGAAAACUAUUUGAAUCAAUGUUCUCAACUGUCAAGAUAAAAUAUUUAUUUAUCAAUCUUCUUGAGUGCGCGCUUUGGAUUUUUAACUUUUACUUCUAUAGUAAUUGAGAAAAGAGGGUCCAGUUCUGGAC